CACAGACUCUUGCAAGGUCUGUGCAGUGUGCAGUGUCCGCGCUGCUUCCUCCCCCGUUCACAGUGAGCCAAUCAUCAUCCAGGGUACAGUAUGUCAUGCUUCCUUCCCGCACCUGCCCUGUUGCUCUUCUGCCCGACUUCACUCCUUCCCAUCGACCAUCGACCCUUCAUCGGUCACUUCCACCACCUUGUCAAUUCACUGCAGUUCAUCCAAUUUUGUCGAGCCUCACCACCAUUUCCCCAUUGCUCGCUUCGUUUGAACUUUUCAAUUGCUUUGACUCUUCCACUCCCGUCUUGUCUGGUCCAAAUCAGCGGCCUGCAGACCUGCCCCACCAUUCCGCGUCUCGGCUUGGACUCCAUCCGAGAGAACAAAGUGCCAGUGGUGACGUUGUCGCGCGCGGCCAUCACUUGGCUCAUCUUGAUUCAUCACCUUGAUCACUCACCCUCCAAACUGGAGACACACUCAUCAUGUCGGCCAUGAUACCGUGAUUUCAGCAACCCUCGUCAAUUUACAAACUCACCGUGCCAAAGAACAUCUCGAUUACCGUCCUAUACGCGACCACUUCGACCAUAAUCCAGACAAUACCUCAAACACAUUCCAUAAUCAAAGUA